GGUGGUGUUGCUGCUGCUGCUGGCCGCCGAACAUCUGGUCGAAGAAGCCGAACUGUGCGGACGCAGUCUGGAUGAGCAGACUCGUGAGGAGGAGGACGAGAACUCGGAGCUCCAUGGUGGGCGGUCUGUAUGGCGACGCGAGGGGUGUCGGCCGGGUACUAAUAUGUAGAUGUGUACUGGAGUUGAUGCUGUCGUGGAGCUUAGACUGUCACGUGCGGUUAUAUGGGCCGUUGCCUGAGAUGGGCGGGCGCCAAGAGUUCGGGAAAGCGGAGCUAGGAUUUUUUGCGAUUGAGGAAAGUUGAGCUUGUGCCCGCAACGACGACACACGCACACGCACCCACCCGACACCCGCACACGUUCAAGUACUUCCACCAAGAUGCAUCUCAUGUACACACUCGACGCCCAGGGCAAGCGCGUCUACACGCUGAAGAAGGUCGUCGACGGCCGCAUUGCCAACUCGGCGCACCCCGCGCGCUUCUCCCCCGACGACACGUACUCGAGGCACCGCGUGACGAUCAAGAAGAGGCACAACCUGCUGCCGUUCCAGGCUGGCGGCGCUGCGAAGAAGAAGAUUGCCGAGAGGUAUUAGGAUGCGCUGGUUGAGACGGGCGAGUGAGCGGUCCGAGAGCUUUUCUUAGGGAUACCACGACGGGCGUUUAUGGAGUUGCAAAAGGAGGCAUCAAGGCCAUGUUUGAUAAGCUAUGGAAUGUCGCAAAGGCAUGUUCUGAAGUCGCAAUGGAUGCAUAUCUACACUGUCCAC